AUUUAGGCUGUAACACACCAUUUUUUUUGUUUUGUUAAGUCAAGUGGUAUGAGUCCUUUCUGAAGGCACUGUAGGUAACACAAGGCAAGUUUGAGAUCUGUGUUGGUCUAUACAGUUAUCGCUUUGUACAAUAAAACUAUAAAUAUGUAUACUGUUUAUUGUUGAAAUGACCAAUGGGUGGGCGCUGCACUCCCUUUAAAGAAUGGAGUACAGCAGACCACAACUCAUUCCAUGGGUGUUGGGUGAAGUGUGAUCGAUGGCGCACAUGUUUACUGCACUCUGACAGCCAUGUUCUUUGACCAAACAGGGUUGCCAAGGGCUUUCCUAGAGGCCAUAACAUUGUCCCAAAGUGCACUUUCACACCCUCCAUUAGGGUUUUAAAAGCAUUUGAUUGGUGGUUGUGAUGAGCACUAGCCAUAUGCAGCACCACCAACUCUUAGUGACGUGGUAAAUUGAGAACAGGAGGUCCAAAUCUUAGCCUUUUUUCAAGUGCGAAAUCUACCGUGAAGAUUUUUGAAAUCUUCCACAUCCCCUUUGAAUCAGCCGUUGUUUUCUCAUGUAGAAUAGCAUGCCCACAUUUAGAAACGAUACGCAACUUAUCCUUUUAUAUAUAAAAUAUGUAGCAUAACUAGCUACAUUUCUUUUGACCACUACACACAUGUAUUUUGGGGAUCUUCUCCUGUAAAUGUAACUUUCCUGAUGACAUGCUAGUGGGACAGGAGAGUCAUUUCAUACAAGCACAUGUAUUUCCUCUACUCAACUAACUUUGACCUUUUCCAAAAGGAGGCGAGGAGAGGACGCAAGGAAUAGAGCAAUCAAAUUGAGAUUCUCCCAGUGUGUUUAUGGUGGAGGAAAGCAUGAGAUCUUCAAAGCCUUUGUGAAGGAAUGACUGACCCUUGGACCAAGGCCUGGUUAAAGCCUGUCUCCAACAAUGAUCAGCCAAUGAGGGAGCAGGGGAGCUGAAUGACCCAUGUGUUUAAUUACUGUAUAGGAUAGAUGUGUCAGGUAUACGUAUGGACUUAUGUUAGGAUCAUUUGUGUGCCUAUAUGAAUGCAGCCUCUACAAUGUCACGGAGAUCUUGGAUUGAAGACACCUUCUGCAAGAGAGCAUGUGGUAAAUUCAUCCCAGCAUGCCGAGACCUACACAGAUGUUUUCCAAUGUGUCAAGUAUGCCAAAACCUAAUAAGAUGCUGCUGUGGACGUCUGGUAGGGGAGCACACCUUGCUGGAGACUGGCCCUUCCAUGUCCAGCUGGCCUGGGCCUGGGACAGGGCAGCAAGAGGAGUGGUCAGUGGAGUGCCACACACAAACCAGUGCCACCGAUGCCUACGGAACCAUUGACUUCCAGGACAGUGCUGGACGUAACUGCCAUGCCAAGUAUGUUCGUGUUGCGGUCGAUGCCAAGGCUGAGGCUCUGCUGCAGCUGAUGCGGAGUGAAUGGCAGAUGGAACGGCCUAAACUACUGCUGACUGUUCAUGGGGGGACAGAGAACUUCCCCCUCCCUCUCAAGGUUAGACAGGCCUUUAGCAAAGGCCUGAUCACAGCAGCCCAGAGCACUGGAGCCUGGAUACUCACAGACGGCAUCAACACAGGUGUGUCCCGGUACGUAGGGGAGGCUGUGAAAACAUAUGGCACCCACGACCUCAGGAAGAGGAAUGCUGUAGGGGUCACGCCCUGGGGCGUAAUUGACAAUCACAGUGACCUUAUAGGGAGAGAUGUGCUCAGGCCCUACCAGCCUCUGGGAAACCCCUUGAGUAAGAGGGUGUGUCUGAACGGCCUGCACUCCCACUUCCUGUUAGUGGACGAUGGAACUCUGGGAAAACAUGGCUGCCAGCUGGGACUGAGGAGGAAGCUGGAGAGACACAUUCAACUGCAGAAGAUCCACCCUCGGCUUAACCAGGGUGUGCCAGUGGUAUGUGUGGUGGUGGAGGGCGGCCCUGACAUUGUGUCCAUGGUGCUGGAGUACGUGAGCAGUGUGCCCCCCGUGCCUGUGUUUGUCUUCGAGGGAUCAGGUCGGGCAGCUGACCUGCUGGCAUUCUUACACAAACAGACUGCUAUAGACAGGCAGCUGGACACAGACAUCCAGCAGGACUUCCUGCUGAGGAUAGGGGGCAUGUUUGGCCUGGAGAGAGCAGACGCCAGCCAGCUCUACAACCUUCUGAUGGAGUGUAUGGACUACAGACAGUCUAUCACAAUCUUCGACUCGGAAUCUGAGGAUCAACAGGAGGCAGACUGUGCCAUUUUGACGGCCACACUGAAAGGCACCAAGGCGUCUCCUGGGGAGCAGCUCAGUACAGCUCUGGCAUGGGACCGAGCAGACAUAGCUAAAAAACACAUCCUUGUGUAUGGCCAGCACUGGCAGGUAGGCUCGUUGGAGCAGGCCAUGCUGGAUGCUCUGGUUAUGGACCGGGUCGGCUUUGUCAAACUGCUGAUCGACAACGGUAUGACCAUGAACCGCUUCCUGACCGUGUCACGCCUGGAAGAACUCUAUAACACGCAGCAGGGACCAACAGACAAUUUUCUCCAUCUUCUCGUGGAAGAUGUGAAACAGACUCAUAUACCUAAAGGAUACAGAGUCUCCCUCAUAGAUGUGGGGCAGGUAAUUGAGUAUCUGAUAGGAGGAGCCUAUCGGAGCACAUACACACGGAAACACUUCCGGGCCCACUAUAACCUCCUAUAUGCCCAUUGCAAGGAGACUGGACGGGAUAGUUCAGGACCCCUUAACAAAAAGAGGAGGGCAGACUGCACCCCCCACCCGCACCAAAGCCCUAACAGCAGUCCAUCAAGGCCACCCUUCUUCCGCACUGCUCAGCCCUAUAAACGCAAGGAAAGAUCCAUGGUGCUCAGGGACCUGAAGGUGGCCCAGCAGCAGAGCUCUGAGCUGGGCGACUCUCCACUGUUUGUUUACAACUUCAAUGACCUGUUUGUGUGGGCUGUGCUGCAGAGGCGGCAGCAGAUGGCGCUGUUCCUGUGGCAGCACGGGGAGGAGGCCAUGGCCCGGGCUACAGUGGCCUGUAAACUGUACCGUGCCAUGGCCUACGAGUUUCGGCAGAGCAACAUGGAUGACACCACGGCGGAGCAGCUCAAAACCUACUCUAUGGACUUUGGUCAGCUGGCGGUGGACGUGCUGGACCGUGCCUUCAGACAGAACGAGCGCAUGGCCAUGAAACUGCUGACUUCGGAGAUGGAGGCCUGGAGCCACUUCACCUGCCUGCAGAUGGCUGUGUCUUCCGUCCGCCCCUUCGUUCUCCACUCCUGCACCCAGAUGCUGCUCACCGACCUGUGGACCGGCCGCCUCAACAUGAGGAAGAACUCCUGGUUCAAGAUCAUCCUGAGCAUCCUCAUGCCCCCUGCCAUCCUGCUAUUGGAGUUUAAGAGCCAGGCAGAGAUGUCCCAUGUGCCCCAGUCCCAGGAGGCUUUGCAGUUUGGUUGGGACACGGGAAGACCAGAGGCAGCCCAGGAGGGGGGGCAUACGGAUGGCCAGGAUGCGGAGAAGGGAUCAGUGUGGUGGGAGAGUUGCUCAGUCCCCGAAGCUGACACAAUCACACCUGUUACCACCCAGUGUUUCUUCUGGACCAGGAGGCUGUACGAUUUCUACACCGCUCCUGUCGUCAAGUUCUGGUUCCACACGAUGUCCUACCUGGCCUUUCUCAUGCUGUUCUCCUACACUGUUCUGGUAAAGAUGGAGGACCGGCCCAGCACUCAGGAGUGGCUGGUCAUUGCGUAUAUUAUAUCCACUGCUGUGGAGAAAACAAGAGAGGUGUUCAUGUCGGUGCCGAGGAAACCCAGUCAAAAGCUGAAGGUGUGGUUUGGAGAGUACUGGAAUGUGACUGACUUCCUGGCCAUCGUCCUCUUCCUGGUGGGGCUGGGGCUACGCUGGGACAGCGGGUCCUACCGGACUGCCGGCCGGAUCACCUACUGCCUGGACAUCAUCUUCUGGUAUGUUCGGGUGCUGGACCUGCUGGCCGUCAACCAGCAUGCCGGGGCCUACCUCACCAUGAUCACCAAGAUGACUAGUAACAUGUUCUACAUUGUGGUGAUGAUGGCGAUUGUGCUGCUGAGUUUCGGCGUGUCCAGGAAGGCCAUCUUGUCUCCAGACGAAGCUCUGUCAUGGAGCCUGCUCAGAGAUGUAGUCAACCAGCCGUACUGGAUGAUGUUUGGAGAAGUGUACGCAGGCGAAAUAGACACCUGUGCAGGUGACACGCCGUGUGUCCCCGGUGCCUUCCUCACCCCCUUCCUCCAGGCCGUCUACCUCUUCUUCCAGUACAUCAUCAUGGUCAACAUCCUCAUUGCCUUCUUCAACAAUGUCUACUUUGACAUGAAGUCCAUAUCCAAUAAGCUGUGGAAGUACAACCGCUACCGUUACAUCAUGACCUAUCAGGAGAAGCCGUGGCUGCCCCCGCCCCUCAUCAUCCUGAGUCACAUGACCCUGUGUGUGACUGCCAUUUACCGGAAACACAGAGGCUCGUCCGAGCAGGAGAGGGACUCCUGUGGGCUUAAGCUUUACCUGGGCCAAGAGGAGCUGAAGAGGCUGCAUGAGUUUGAGGAGAGGUGUUUGGUGUCGUAUUUCCAUGAGAAAAACCAAGAUGUUCUCUGCAGCCAGAUCAACAGGGUACGAGCCACUGCAGAAAGGGCUGAGGAGAUGGGUGUGGUUAUGGGCGAGGUGUCGGACAGGGUCCACUUCAUCCAGGAUACCCUGCAGGUGCUGGACAGCCAGCUGGGUCAGCUACAGGACCUGUCCGCCCUGGCCGUGGACACCCUCACCCUCCUAUCGGCCUCCGAUAGCCUGCAGCAGGAGGAGGCCCGCCUAGGCCACUGCCGGCCAAUCACCCCCUCCCAUCACCAUGUCCCCCACAGCUGGACCCUCCCCCACGGAGGUGGAGGCAGUGUUGACAUCAUGCCCUGCCACACCCCUAGGGCCUACCGCAGCACCCCACCCUCCCUGCUGUGGGGCCACACCUCCUCCCGCAGCCAACGCCCGUCACUAGAGUGGCACACGGGGGCCUGGGGGGCCGGCGACCAUGGAGGGCAGGGGGCUGGUGAGUCGUGUGUGCCUUCCCGCUGUGGCUCUCCUCCGUACCCUUCGGCCUGGGCUAUAGACAGUUCUCUGGAACCCCCCCACGGCAAACCCAGGGUCUGCUGUGACCCUGAGAUGUCCAUGGAAGAGGAAGGAGAGGAGUUUGGGAAGUCCUUUGAUGUGAAUGGGUCCAGGGCCUCUAGUCAUGCCUUCCUGUUGUCGGACACCCAGGAUGAGAGAGGCUGUGGGGCCAGGGGUUUGGUGAACCCCGCCUUCUGUAAGGACGACGACCCUGGGGCAGUUCACUCCAGACGGGGCCAGUGGGGCAGGAAGCAUCCUCACCGGUGGGCGGGUCUGUCCAGGGACCGGCCCUACAGUCACAGCCGCUCUCUCUCCUCUAGCAUGGAGAACAUGGCUCUCUCUGGUGUCCCCCUGAGCCAGCUACGAGCCUCCUUCCCCGCCCUCGAUUGCCUGUCGGAGGGGGGAAGAUUCACAGCUGACAUACCCCUUGGCUGCAGUAAAAGCAGAGAGUCGUCCAACUGGUUUGAUCUGGCAGUGACCUCAGGGAGCAGAGAGAGGUGUCAGGGCAGGAAGACAGUCAAGAUCCUGGAGGAGAGUUCUUCAGACGCUGGGAAAGAGGUGGACUCAUACCUCUCUGACGUGUGCAGAAAGAGGAGGCGCAGGGGAGGGGAGCCUGUGUGCUGGUCUGCCUCUGCCAGCCCCAACCCACUCAAUUCUGAACCCAUGGAUUCGUUGCAGAAAGUAUCUUUUUCACAUCAGCAGGACUGCAGUCAGUCCGUGUGGACCAGCUGGGCCUGCUCUGUCAGCUGCAGGUCCUCAGUGCGAAGUGGGAUCGCACCUGAAGUAAAAUCCUCUACAUUUCAAUCCACAGAAGACCUGGACCCACACUACUCAGCCAUGGAAAGGAACAACCUGAUGAGGCUUGCUCACACCAUACCUUUCACACCUGUCUCCAUAAUGGCGGGAGAGGAGGUGAGUGUCUACUCCCUGGAGGAGGUGGAAGCUGCAGGCCCGGAGUCCUCCAUAUCCUACUGGUCAUCCAAGGGGCUGUCUGCGGUGCUGAAGCCGCUGUCCAGCGAGGGCUGUCUGGAUGGGGGGCUGCGCAGGGCCAUGCUCGUACUUUGCACCUGGGCCGAGAGGGACGUCCUGAGGGUGGGCUGCGUGUAUGUGGUCAAAGCCAUCCAGCCCGAUGUGGUCUGCACCUGGCAGAGGGUCUUCCACAGCGACACCCCCCUCCAGCUCUGUUUGCGGGAGAUACCACAGAGAGCUGCUCAGAAACUCAUGCAUGUGUUCAACAAGUAAAACCAGAAACAUGCCUCAUUUCCCAGGUCUCCUAGGUUCCUGGACAUGUCUCUUCUUCACUGGCACUCAGACGGCCAAUGGUUGACCAUCGAGAGGAACAUGACGGGAGACUUCAGGAAGUACAAUAGUAACACAGGAGAGGAGAUCGCCCCCUGCUGUGGGAUGGAGGAAACACUCCUGGCCUUCUCCCACUGGACCUACCAAUACUCCUGCAGGGAACUGCUGGUGUUGGACUUACAGGGAGUGGGAUCGGAGCUUACAGACCCAUCGGUCAUCCGAGCAGAAGACAAAAGCUCGAGUGAUGACAUGGUGUUUGGUCCUUCUAACCUGGGAGACGCUGCCAUCCACAGCUUUGUCAUCAAGCACACCUGCAACUCCUGCUGCGAGAACCUCGGACUCUCAGAUUUGAGGAGGAGCACGGACAUCCACGGGAAAACAGAACACAGGUCUUUUGAAAAGGAGAGUGGAUUGAUCACAACUAGGAUGUAACCUCUGAUCCGGAAGCAGAAGUUCGCCAUCCUAACCUCUGGUUCAAGUGGGAUGAAGUUGCCCUUAAAGCAUAGACACUGAUUUAAUGUCAGUUUUGUGUUUUCCUCCCCAAAUGGUGAUGGUUAGGAUCUGGGGAAGCUAAGCGGAUCCAGAGGUGUACAAGGGUAACUUCUACCAGGAAUGAAACCACUCACUUGGUUGGUUUGAAUGGAUAGUGUACAUUGUGUAGCUUUAUGUGGACUAAAUCUUGUGUUAGAUGUCUGGUAGGGCUUUUGUUGUAACAGUUUACAUUGCAGAAGUCUCAGCAGCAAGCCAGAUGCUGUAGUUUUGCAUUCAUUCCGCCUAUAGAGUGCAUAGUGGAGGGAGGCCGCAGUGUCUGUUGUACCACAGGUAACCUAUUAAUCAAUCAAACACUUUGCCUUAUUGUAAUGUUAUGUAUCAUUAGACAUGAUGCAGAGGGCAUUCUAGGAAGGUGUUUCCAUACACCAAGAUAUCAUUUGUUUGUUCUCUGUUCUGUUUAAAUGAACUCCUGGUUACUUUUGAAAUGAGCACCACUUUUAUGAUCUUUUCAUAUCAUCUGAGGAAUGUUUAUACCAGUUGUCAUGUUUUUAUCUGUUGCAUAACAGUUUUUAUGGUGAAAUACCAGCUAUUAUGGAAGCCAUUUUGAAUGUUCACAAUAACUCACCUUCCUAGUUAAGUUUCAAACGGGCAGACCUUCUGGGAUGUUUUCAGAUUUCAGAGGAAUUUUUGUACCAAAUGUCAUGCUUAUAUCUGCUUCGUAAUGUUUAUUUUUUUGUUAAGGCCCCAGACUAUAAAGGUAUUUCAAGUGUUAUACUCUUGACAUAAUAUUCUUACCAAACAUAGUUUGGUUUAUUUAAUCUUAUACACUUUCACAGCUAAAAGCUGAACUACAAGUGUAGCAAGGAAAAGCUGUAUUUAAGUGACACGUUGAAACCCUUAAAAGAAAACCAUCUUCAGAGUCAUGGACCAUGUUCUUCAGGCUGGGCUCAAAAUUGGAUGUUAAACAAAACUUUAUUUAGAACAAAUUAUUAAUCAGUCAAAACUACAAUCUGGGAUUUGUUUUUCAGCAAAACAUCCCCUCUCAAUUUCAUCAAAUAUUUUCCUGUUUUCAAACACUGUUGUGAAAUCAUAUUUUUGUAUUUAGCAAUGCUCAAAUAUAUUGUUAUGCUGAUUAUGUUACAAGUGAUUACAUGAAAAAAACUACAAUUAAGCAUUUACACAGCUGGACUGAAGCAUGGCUUAUGUUAUGGCUUAAAUUCAGAAUGAAAACGCUAUUACAAGAAUAACUAAAUCUGGUCUCUUGGUGGUUGGAAUUCACACUGCUUAGACUCAGAUUAUUCAAAUGAUCACAAUGGAUAGCACAGCUUUUUUGUUGUUGUUGCUACAGUCCUUCACUGAAAGAGCAGUUCUGAAGAGUAGCUACCCCUUAAAAUGUUUGUUUGUCCACAAAAACUCUACAUAAAUGCAUGUUUCACUUUGUGUGUGUGUGUGCAGAACAAUGGAAAAAGAACGAGCCAGAAAUACAUCCAUAAAAUUUCCUUUAUUUUUCUUCCCACAAAGAAAUGUCUACAAAAGCGAUAAAAUAUAGAAUUUAACAAAACUCA